UUUAUGUUACAAGAUGUGGAGUAUCGGUUAAAUACUUGGUACUUAAAAAAUCUUUCCACUCUGAGGCAUGAACCAAUUUCGAAGAAGCUUCCAAAAUGCUUCAUUUGAAUGAGUAUAAAAAAUAUGAUGGUACCUACAAUAUUUUCAGUGUUUAUUUAUUUAUUUUUAUAAAGUAAUAUCCAUUUCAUAAAAGUUUUGGGGGGUAGUUCUUGACUAAUGGUUGGGUUUGCUAGAAGUGGGAUGGAGUUAAAGUUUGAGUGAAAGGGAGUUGUGUGCCAAGUUAGAAGUUGCAGUUCAAGAGGAAGUGAUUGGCAUCCAAGCUUACUUUUUCCAGCUUUUAAUGGAGAGUGAUGAUUUGCUUUUGAAAACAAUGGAGAAAACUUGAAGAAAAAAGUGGAAGGGUUUGAAAAGUACUUUUGGAGGAAGCAGAAAAAAAAAAAGGGUAUCACCAAAUUAAUCAAAAAUGCCAACAGUAUGGUUCUCUCUGAAGAAAUCUCUGCACUGCCAAUCAGAGCCAUCAGAUGUUCAUGCUCCAAAAGCCAGGAAGCAACUGAGCACAAUCUUGACAAGAAAGGCAAGAGGAGGAAGAUCAGGGUGCUCAAGAUCCAUAGCAAAUCUCAAGGAUGUGAUUCAUGGAAGCAAGAGGCAUAUGGAAAGGCCACCAAGUAAUUGCAGCCCAAGAUCCAUUGGAAGCAGUGAGUUUCUCAACCCAAUAACCCAUGAAGUAAUUUUGAGCAACUCAAGGUGUGAGCUCAAAAUCACCACCAGCCUUGGUGGCUUCCAUGACGGUGUUGGGGGUGGAAAUGCCAACAAUGGUGGCGGCGGUGGCGGUGGCGGUGGUGGUGGUUCAACGUUUAUGGAUACCCUAAAGCCUGGGACACCUGGUCCUGGUGGGCAUCCCACAAUGCACUACUUCAAUCCAUCUUUUAGGACUUCCUCAACUCCUCCAAGAAAAAGCCAUUUUCUGGCUUCUGCUGAUAGUACAGAAGGGCAUGCUGGCUUCAAGGGUUCUGCUUUUUCUGGAAGUGCUGGCGGAAUUAGACAAAGCAAUAGGAUUUCUUUCGACACAGAAAAUUCUAAUGGCUCUUGUGCAAUUACUUGCCACAAAUGUGGAGUACAUUUUACCAAAUGGGAUGCUGCUGAAGCUCAUCAUCUCUCUAAACAUGCUGUGACUGAACUGAUGGAAGGCGACUCAUCUCGAAAAAUCGUUGAGAUAAUAUGCCGGACAAGCUGGUUAAAAUCCGAGAACCACUGCCGCCGGAUUGAGAGAGUGCUCAAAGUCCACAACAUGCAAAGAACUCUAGCGCGAUUCGAAGAGUAUCGAGAGAUUGUGAAGAUCAAAGCCAGCAAGCUGCCCAAGAAGCACCCUAGGUGCAUUGCUGAUGGGAAUGAGCUCUUGAGGUUUUACGGCACCACAGUGGCCUGCGCUCUCGGCCUAAAUGGAUCCUCGAGCCUUUGCGUAUCGGAGAAAUGCAGCGUCUGUAGGAUCAUACGUAACGGGUUCUCCGCAAAAAAGGAGCUCAAGCAAGGUGUUGGUGUUUUUACAACUUCUACAAGUGGAAGAGCUUUUGAGGCAAUUGAAGUAUUGGAGGAAGAUGCAAGUGUAAGGAAAGCUUUGAUAGUGUGCAGAGUGAUUGCUGGGAGGGUUCAUAAGCCGUUGGAAAACAUUCAGGAAAUUGCUGGGCAAAUGGGGUUUGAUUCAUUGGCUGGAAAAAUGGGGCUUUAUUCCAACAUUGAAGAGCUUUAUCUGCUAAAUCCUAGAGCUCUCCUUCCCUGCUUUCUGGUCAUCUGCAAACCCUGAAGAUUUUUUUCAUCUUUUUUUUUUUUUUUUGGACGAGUGAAAAAUGGCUCAGUACAUCUGUAAUUGUGGUGUUAUGUGAAUCCCUCUCCUUGCUUUUUUUAUUCUAAUUUUUUUGGUGAAACCUCUAUUAUUUAAAAGUUGUAGUUCUCUCAGUGUCAAAUCAACUGUAUGCUGCUUA